AUGGAUGAUUUUGUACAGAAGAAACUGAUUGAAUGGGAUCUGAAAAAGUGGAUUGAUAAAUUUGAAGAUGAAGAAAUUACAGAGGAAAGUUUCUAUGAACUUAACGAUGAACUCAUAGAUAAACUGAUUCCAAAAGUUGGACCUGGAUUAAAAUUCAAGAAGAGACUCAAGCAGCUAAAGGAAAAACAACACGCAAAUCGGGAAACAGUUCAUUGUUCUGCUCAACAGCAAGAAGAAGCACCUGAUUUAGAUCAGGUUUUGCCAUCCACGAGUGAUGAAGGAAAGCGAAAGUUUGAACAUCAGGACAAGUCGAGUAAACAGCAACCACCAGCUAAACGACAACGUAGCUGCAAACCAAGAUCAUCCUCAGAACCAAUCAUACUAUCUGAUGUACAAAACAUCAUGAGAUUUGUCCAUGGCAAACUACAUGACCAAGACAAGCUUAAUGUUUUCCUGAAGAAAAAAAUCAAUGAUUUGAAGACAGACAAGAGGGAGCUGGUUGGUGUUUUUGGUAAAACUGGGGCUGGAAAAAGUUCUCUGAUAAAUGCCAUCAUUGAAGAGAGGAAUCUUUUGCCCUCUGGAAGCGUCACUGCAUGCACCUCAGUCAUGAUCAAAGUGGAGGCUAACCUUCACAGCGAUAACUAUGAGGCAGACAUUGAGUUCAUCACAAAAGAGGAGUGGAAAGAUGAGUUGUGGCCAUGGCAGCAGAUUCUUGGAGAUAAUGAAAACCAUAAAAUGGAAGUUGAUGAUGAUUAUUGUGACAUUAUUGAUAAGCUGUCAGCACUCUAUGGGGAAGAAUGGAAACAAAAGUCCAUUGGAAAGCUCCUUGACAGCAAAUAUUUCAAAGAAAUUCCUGAAUUUCUCCAAUGCAGAAGGAAGAUUUUGUCAUGUGAAUCAGCUAAAGAGCUGUCUGCAAGAUGUGCCAAAUACACAAGAAGUGACUCCAAACAGGGAGAUGGUAAAAAUGUAAAGAGGUGGUACUGGCCACUAGUGAAGUGUGUGACUCUCAGGGUGCCAAACAACGAUUUCCUCCAACAUGUCACACUUGUGGACCUUCCUGGAAAUGGUGACCGCAACAAGAGUCGAGACAAAAUGUGGAAACAAAUUGUUGGAGAUUGUUCUACUGUGUGGAUUGUAACUGAAAUUAAUCGAGCAAUUGCAGAAAAAGAAGCCUGGGACAUCCUGGAAAGUGCCAGCAGCCUCAUUGGAAAUGGUGGCGAAUGUCGGCAAAUUCACUUCAUCUGCACUAAGUCAGAUCAGAUUGAAGAUUCAGAUGAUUAUUCAGCAGCUCAGCGCCGUAACCGUAUAACUGAAAGAAACAUGCAAGUCAAGGAAGAAGUGAGGAAAGAAUUCAGCAAACUAAAAAAAAUUAAGAAACACUUCACUGAUGACUGUUUCAAAGUGUUCACAGUGAGCUCCAAAGAGUUUCUAAAACAGAAACGUUUAAAUCCAGAUGAAACUGAAAUACCCAAACUUUGUGAAUUUUUGCAAGAUCUCAACGACUGUCACUCAGAAACCUUAAACUAUGUGUCUGGAGCUCUCGGGAUUCUGUCUUUGAUUCAAGGGGCCAACUGCAGAGGAGGUGUUGAAAAAGCAGAUGAUGUGUGUAAAGUGCUUGAGAAAAACAUGAACGAACAGCUUGAUGAAGUGGAAAGAGCAGUUGAAAAAGCUAUCAAGGCUUUUGACCAAUGUCUCAGAGAGGGGGUUGAAAAUUCCAUAACCUCUGAAGAAAAACUGAAGUUGUUUCUGGACCGUGACCGUAAACAGCCAGGUUUUUUCAAGACACUACAGUCUGUAGUUAAGAAAGAUGGCACCCACAAAACAACAAAAGGGGAACAAAUAGACCUCAACAUGAUGUUGGCUUCUUGCCUGACUGACAGCAUUGAUGAAAAAUUCAGGAAAACCUUCCCCAAUGAUGUUAAAGGCGGAUCAUUCAAUGGAGUCAUCAGUCAGUUUUCACUUGACACCAAAUCGCUGAUUCAGAAGUACAAAGUUGUCGAACUGCAACUGAUAUUUCUCCAGACCGAGGAGGAUAAAAUUAAGGCACAAGUCAACAAAACAAUCCUGACGCAGAAGAAAAUAAUCUACAACAGUCUAACAGAGACAGUUGAGAAAAACAUGAAAAAGGGCUAUGAAGAUGCAGCAGAAAUUAUAGGAGAGGGUGCACUGAAAAAAAUGAGGAAGACUAUUGAGACACAUGUAUAUUCAAAUAAGAAAAUGUAUGAGGAGGCAAAAGAGACCCUGUUGAUGAAGAUGAAUGACUUGAAGGCAACCAUCCUGAAAGAACUAAAGGAAACCAUGAAAUACUCCAUUAAACUCUCACUCAAGACUGACACUUGCCAACUCCCAGACGUUUCAAAGCAUCUUCAGAGUGUGAAGAAACAUUAUCAUGAACUUAAACGCAGUCAAGAUGAAGAAACAUCAGCACAAUAACUGGAUUUGCUCCACAUGCAGAAACAGCAGAGGCCUGAUGACCCACUCAACUUCCCUGAGGGAACACUGACUAAAGACAUGAGGUCUCCGGAUAUCAUCACAGACACUUUUAUCAAGUUGUUUUGCCUGCUCUCUUUUAAUGUAGUGUUACUUUUGUGUACUUUUAAUUAAUUUGAUACAAAGAGAUUUUUAAAUCCUCACAGCAAGAAGGUCUUGAGUUUUAAAC